GGAUCGGCGACGGGCCGUAACAGGCCGGAAAAUAUCGGCCCACUACGGUAACCUCUCUCCCCCGUCCAAAAAGAAAUAAAAACAGCUCCAGACCACCUCUUAACUAAGCUUAGAUUAUGAAGUAUUGGGCCGAACGUCGCAUAGCAUCGCGCCCAGGAAUUAGGAGAAUGGGAGCUUUCUGGUCUCUUCCACCUCAGACCGACCCAACGACGCAUCCACUCACUAAUCACCUUCCCCGACUCCUCCGCCUCUCUGCCUCUUCAAUCCGCCGAGCCAUUGAGGGCUAAUAUGCCCACGGACUAACCGUCGCAAUGGCAUCUCCACAUCGCAUGACCCGCCUCCUCGCCCCGCCUGCCACCCGACCCGCGAGACGAGCAGUGCUCCUACAUCGCUUCCCUCCCCGGGUAGCUACUCGCCAUGCCUCCACCUCGUCCUCCUCCGCCGGCUCCUUCUACGUCCCCGGACUCAAGCCGUUCCUGUAUGCCUCCUCGAUUGCCGUCACCGGCUACGUCGUGUACAUCUACGCCACAGACACCCGUGCCUUCAUCCACCGCUACGUCGUUCCCCCGCUGCUGCGCUUCCUGUACCCGGAUGCGGAGGAGGCCCAUAAUGCUGCUGUGUCGUCUAUGAAGGGUCUGUACAGCCUGGGUCUGCACCCUCGGGAGCGGCCCUCUGCCAUCGGACCUGAUCUCUCCAUCUCCGUCUUCGGGUCCCAGCUAGCGAACCCGAUCGGCAUAUCGGCGGGGUUAGACAAACACGCCGAGAUCCCCGACGCCCUGUUUGCCCUGGGCGCCUCGGUUGUCGAGGUUGGCGGGUGCACCCCGUUAGCUCAGGAGGGUAACCCUAAGCCCCGCAUGUUCCGCAUCCCCACGCUAGACGGUCUGAUCAAUCGUUACGGGCUUAACUCCCACGGCGCGGACGCCAUGGCCCGGAGGCUGAGGGAUAGGGUGAGGCUCUACGCGAAAUCUGUCGGGCUAGACGAGGCGAGCGUGUUGAAUGGCGAGGCCAACGUGCCUCCUGGUAGCCUGCUACCUGGGCGUAUGCUGCUCGUCCAGAUCGCGAAGAACAAGGAGACGAACGAGCGGGACGUCGAGGCUAUCAAGAGGGACUAUGUAUACUGCGUCCGGCGGUUAGCACCGUACGCAGACGUCCUCGUAGUCAACGUGAGCAGUCCAAAUACGCCCGGGCUGCGCGACCUCCAGGCCGUAGAGCCCCUUACUAGGAUCCUGAGCGCGGUGGUCGACGAAGCACGGAAGACGGACAGGAGGGAGAAGCCGAAGGUGAUGGUCAAGGUCUCGCCGGACGAGGACGAAGAUGCCCAACUAGAAGGCAUCGUGCAGGCCGUAUGGACGAGCGGCGUCGACGGAGUCAUCGUAGGCAAUACCACGAGGCGGCGAACCGGACUGAUCCCGCCGAGAGUGAACAUCAAGGCCAAGGAGCAGCGCACCUUGGCUGAGGCGGGCGGGUACUCGGGCCCGAUGAUGUUUGACCGGACGGUGGAGCUGGUGAGUCGGUACCGGAAGAUGCUAGAUGGACGGUCAUUGCAAUCUGCCAAGCUGGAAAGGGAGGUAGCCAACGAGGCCGUAGACACAAGCAUAGCGGCAAUCGAGGGGACUAUCACCGGCGCAUUGGAAACUGAACCAAAGGAGGUCCCCAACAAACCGCCGGAGCAAAAAGUCAUCUUUGCUACAGGAGGUAUCACAGACGGACACGGUGCACUUAAAACCUUGAACGCGGGCGCGAGUGUAGCCAUGGUCUACACGGGUCUCGUGUAUGGAGGCGCUGGAACCAUCACACGCAUAAAGAAUGAGAUGAAACAGGAAUUGACAGGAAUUAGCUCUUGAUAGAAGUGGACUAUAGUCAACCGAGAGAAAAGGGGGUAUGACCAGAGAGGUCUGCGCAUAGAAGACAUAGUGUACUACCAUCAUCAUACAUAAUAGACAAUUAGAUGAGGAUGGGCCCGAGUCAGGGGGUCGCGAUAGAAACUGUACAAAUACAAAAAGCAGAGAGUGGGCG